GUAAGCAGAUUCCUUUUCCCGGCUGCAGCACAGCAGACAGACCGUUCACAAGAAAAAUAAGAAAAAAAUGCUAAAAGGGGUGAAGUAGAGAAGAAAGUGAGCGAGCGAGGGCUGUGAUUGGCUAACACAGGUUCACCAUAAUCACAUGGUGUGGAUUUCCGCUUUGACACAUUUACUUUCAGCAGCAGGGCAGGGACACACCACAUACAACACAUGCAGAGUUACUGUACUUAACUAGCUGUAGCAGAGCUGCACUAUGGUGCUGUGAAGAGAGAGCGCUCCACUCCACCAUGCAAUCCACCAUGAACUUUAACGGGCUCCUGCGACAGGGCAGCCAGGACAGUUACAUGAUGGAGGGCUCUCUGAGGAAGAAGGGUCGUCUAUGGUAUCAGCGCUCUCUGAAGGAACACCAUAACAAAACCAGUCAGAAUGGGGGGACUACUCCUGGGACUCUGCCAAGAGGCUGGAAACAGGUGAGUGAGAAACCUUGGAAAGAAACAGGAAAAGAUUGAACAGUUUUACUGUGUAUCAUUUCAGUCAUGUAACCUAUAAGUUGCACAGAGUUUGUUAUUCUUAGAGGUCAUUGAUGUUCGUGGAUAGUAUAUAAAACUGUUUCAGUGGCAUCAGAGAGGUAUAUAUUAACAUGUUCCAAAACAAAACGGAGCACUUGCAAAGACAAAAAGCUUUUUGACAAUUGUAAGGUUUUUGUUUUACAUAAGAGACAAACUAGUUCAUUAUCAGAAAAAAAGUACCUGGAAACACAGUUUGUUUAAUUGUUUAUGUUUAAGAUAAAUUACAAAUAUAUUGUCACAUUAUAUACCAAGAAUUUGAAGAGACUGGUCUAAAUCUAGUCUAUUUUGCAUGAAAUUAAAUAAAUAUAUAAUCAGAAUAGUUAUUUUCACUGUUGUAUUUAUAAAAUAUAUGAAAAUGUAUUAAAUAUACAUUUGACUUUCCAGUCCAACAGAGCCCGCUCAAACUCCUUAGUGGAUUACACUGAUCCUCAGAGGUAAAUACAAGCCCUUUGUCAUUUGUAUAGUACACUAUUAAUACUAAGAUACAAACACAAUUAUGUUUAACGACUCAAGUUAUGACAAGUGUGUAACUGAAUUUCUCCUGCACAUAGGACUACCAUUAUGUUGCAAAAGCAAGACAAUGAGACGUUUGGAUUUGAAAUUCAGGUAAGACAUUGAAUCAGUUUUAGAAUGAAUACAAAAUACAUUUUCAAGAAAUGUUUAACCUGGCUAUCAGUCCUGCCUAGUGACCGAAGUAUGAUUCCUCCUGAUCUAGACGUAUGGCAUGCUGCUGAAGAAAAGCAUGGCGGUGGAGAUGUGCACAUUUGUGUGCAAGGUGCAGGAGGACAGCUCAGCUGAGAGUGCAGGCCUUACCGCUGGUGAGACACCCACAUCCUACUUCCUCUACCUGUGGCCCAGACUCAGUGCUCUGUUCAAUCAGAUCCGCUUUAGUCGACAUCUGCAUAACGUUUGUUCUGGUGGUGUCGGAGGUGGAACUGUGUUAGGGCUGUCAAAUCCACAAGCGGCUCCUGUCAUUAUACUUAAAGUGGACAUUGCCAUUGGCUGCACGGAGUCGCAUUGCGAGAAAUCCCAUGCAGCCUUGUUUACAAGUUUGAACACUGAAAUGUGAGAUGUGAUCUACACCUCGAUUAGGCUGGCAGAAAUGAAUAGUUUUAUGAUUUUCAAUUUGAGCGUCAUUAUUUCUAUAUAGCCUACACUUUCUCAUUCUGAACUUCUAACGUGAGUGGGAUGGGUGUGGCUUCGUGACAAUGAUCAAGAGCAGCUGCUCACCGAUUUGACAGCUCCAACAUAGUUACACCUCGGACACAGCCAAAACAUCAGCUAUGCGGGUGUUGGCUAUCGCCGGUUAACGCUUGAUCUGAUUGAAUCUAGGCCUCGGCUUCAGUGCUGUGCAUUAUGGUUCUCACACAGAGAGAUGUCCUCGUUACACUCAUUACAAUACAUGUAACUUUCACACAGAAAAGGGCCAACAAGGCAAGGCCUGACCUCUCUCUCUCUCUCUCUCUCUCUCUCUCUCUCUUUCCCUCCCAUGCUCGCUCUCUCUUGCUCUAUGCAUAUAGGUGAUGUUAUCGUCACCAUCAAUGGGGUCAGCAUUGAGGGGUCAAGCCAUCAGCACAUCGUUGACCUGAUUCGAAAAUCCACCAACUUAUUACAGUGAGUAAGACCUGCAAUGAGACCCAAACCAAAGGGUUACUGUUUGUAACUCUGAAGAAUGAGAAAAACAUUGAACAUAAACUUUUUGAUGAACCUUGAUAUUGUAUCAAGGUGUCAGAAUUAUUUGUAAGAUUUGUCUGGCUGCAUCCCAAAUGGUACCCUAUUCCCCAUAUAGUGCACAACUUUUGAACAGAGCCCUAUGGUCCCUGGUCAAAGUAGUGCACUAUACAGAGCCCUAUGGGACAUAGUCAGAAAUAGCGCACUAUAUACGGAGCGAUGGCUGCUUGUGCUCAUUUUGUCUCUGUGUAAUCUCAGGAUGGAGACGGUGUGUGGGACGGUGGUGAAGAGGAUUGAACUGGAGAAGAAGAUGAGCUUGCUCAAGGUGUGUCUCUCUUACAGGGCGGAUGUUUGGCUUCAAUAACACACCGUAGUUGAAUAGACUUUACAGUGGAAAAUAUGGGUGGUGUACUCUUCUGUAGCCAACCACAUAACCCCACCCAGCACAACACAAAGAAGCUCACAUGACAGAACGACAGUAGCACAGUAUUGAGACAGGUUCAGUAUAGCUAUGUAUGCUCAACACCAUUUCAUCACUAAUCCUACUGUAGAUGAAUUGGGUCACAGGGAAACACACCAUUAUAAAGAUAAUGUUAAGUACUGUAUAGUUGACCUGAGAGUCAUCCAAGUCUAAUUUUCAUUCUAUGUUUUUGUCCACACAGCAAACCCUGAGAGAGAAAAGGAUGGAGUUGCAAGCGCUCACAUUAAAGGAAACAUGCCUUAUGCGAGGUGAGGGGUUUGGCCCAGCUGUGAAACCACAGAACUUCCUUUCUCAUUAGCUGAUGUGAAAAUGACGAGUAAAUCGCUGAUCGGUGUAUUAAUGAGCUUCGUUGAUCGUCAUUGUGACAAAUUACCUGAAAAAAAAUAUAUAUCCUGUCAAUCAACCACAUCCUUUACAGUGCACAUGAAUACUGUGGUUGGAUAAGUCAACACUGUCAACGAACUACCCUUCUCUUAUCUCCAGGUAACCUGAAUGACAGUUCUCUACACCCCUCUACGGACUCCCUGAUGUCUCCAAUGUCUCUGUCAGGACACAGUGGCCACCGCAGCCACCGCUUCUCCAGUGACAGUAGCUGCCGUAGUGGGAUGACAGAGGACAGUGACCUGGCCAGUGUGUUUGGUGACCUGAGCUCCCCGAGCCCCUGCAGUGCGGCCAGUCCAGACGAUAGUUGCUUCUUCUCCAGAGACUUCACCCAGGAAGGGCCCCCCCCAGCCAGCCUCAGCCGUACCCGCAGCCUGGCCAGCAGCAGCAGUUCCCUCUCCUCCCCCUCCCCCACAUGGGACCCCUUCAGAGCCUCCUCCCUGUUUGGGACCCUCCCCAGGAAGGCCAGGAGAGCCAACGUCCGCAAACACAUCCUGAAGUUCAUCCCUGGAUUCAACCACUCAGUGGAGGAGGAGGACACCUGAACUGAGCUGUGAACGAACACUACAGUACGUCUUCGUGUGAUGUGACGUUCAAUACAAACAUUUCUUGCUGAGAUGGAGGUUGUCCUUAUAUGGAUACCAUACCUGGACUCAGGAAGAGACACAUACUAUAUGAGCAUUAUGGGCAUGAGAAGCAUUAGGAGGAAGCAAGCAUUCUCCCUUUGACAAAAGCCUUCAGUUAUCUACAGCUACUGUAUGCAUGAUGGACUGCUUUGGUGUUGCACUUUCACACAACCAUUUUCAGAGGAAUUUGUUCUUGACCAAAAUCAUAUUGAGAAGACAGCAUUAAUCCUUAUAAUUGUAACAAUUCUUUGUAAUAAAGAAUGCAGUUAUUUGUCAUAAAGAACGCAAGACUCAGUUCAUGUGUGUGCAGCCAGUGAAACAAAGAUUGUGCUUGGCAUUUCUAAAAUUGUGACCAUUAGAUGUAGGGAGAUAAUUAAGAGAUAAUAUGAAGGAAAAGGCACGAUCUUCCUCAAUUAAACAUUUUGCUUGUAUAUAACUUAAGACAUAUAUGCUUUUCAUAUUUACAUGUGAUCAAAUAAGUUAUAUUGGACAUGUCUGGCAGUUUAGUCACGUAAAAAGUGUGAGUUCUUAACCACGUAGCUAACUCCACAGUACAAAACAGGAUGUGGGCAGAGAAGGUGCUACGUUCUUCACUAUUUCUGUUCCCAUGCCACUUUUGGCUUACGUAUCUACAACUUACUUUCAAUCUUGAUAAAUAAACUACACAUCUGAAGUUUCCUGUAAUUCAGGACAUUUUUCAGUAACUUUGAGUGUCAUUCAAUUUAAUUUAUUGUAUGCUUGCUAUCUUCAUUUUGCUGCUUUUAUUAAGAAUCAAAGCAAAUAUGUUUGAACUUCUCUGAACACAAGUGACCUGUCAUUUUUCUUAACAAAUAAACAGCGAAUAGUUGGUUCCUAAACUGUCACUCUUCACAUUCUCUCU